GGUUCACAGCUCGCGGGGUCGAUUGCCGCCAUCAAGAGAGCGACAGUUUUUAAAGUAUUCCUCACAAAAUGCUGUUCUAUUAGAUACAAUCCAGGAAAUUUAUGUUAUGUUUUUAGACUUUUUAUACUCACUUUACUAUUUAUGUUCACACAAAGUGUACCAGCAGACCUUCCAUCGCAUACCUCGCUCAGCUAAUAAUUUUUUAACUCAGAGAAACAUUAGCUAGCCGGCUAACAGCUAAACUCGAGGGUUUACAGUAAAGAACUUGCUUUAUAUCAGUAUGUUGUAAUGCUUAAUAACAGCUUUAUAUCUCAAUGAUCUAUAUUACAGUUGUUCUUUUAUGAUGUCAAUGACACGCACAAGAUGUUAGACUCUGAAGAAGCCGUUUUGUCGCUGGACAACCUGUUUUAUGACGGGCCAGUAAUUCAUAAAGUGAAACCAUUAUGUCAAGGACAAGGCGCAUGGAUCUUUGAUGCUCCACCCUCAUUAUCGCAAAUACCUGCAACACAAGACAUCCAGGGAGAGGCAGCAAACGUUUCCUCAUUUAGUUACUCGCAGAGAUUAAAGAAAUUUCUGGCUCUGGCUCAAAAACCAUUUCACAAUUCUAAUGAAAGUGUCCAAGGGCAGACUGUGAAAUCACAUGAGCUGGAGGAAUCUGUUUUGUGGACCCAUGAACCAUCUAAAGAAAGAAAUCAGACUGUCAGCAUGACAGGUUUUGUGGAAUCGAGGCCUUUACCUACUGCCAGUGCUCCUCCCUUCAAGACUCGGUUGUUCAGAGCUCCCACAAGAAGGAUCUCAGGCAAUGGUGAAGACGGUAUUUCAAAUCAUAUGAUGUCAACGACAAAUGACACUGGUUUCCUUGGUCAGGUUGCUAUGACAACCAGCAGCCCACAGACUACACAUGCUGUUGCUACCUGUAGUCCCUUUAUUGGCUUGGGCCAAACGGAACAAAAAUGUGAUGUACCUGCAAAAAUAAACCAUAAUCUCCAUUUUGGUUUCAAACCUGCAGAAUUGGAAGCUGCUAAAUUCAGAAGUGCGUUCAAAGAAUUCCCUUACUUUAACUAUGUGCAGUCCCAGGCAUUGGAUGAUGUCCUGUACACCGAUAAAAAUUUUGUUGCCUGUGCUCCCACGGGCUCUGGGAAAACUGUGCUUUUCGAGCUGGCCAUUGUUCGACUACUCAUUGAGUCUUCAGAGCCCUGGCACAAUGUCAGAGCUGUGUACAUGGCACCAAUUAAGGCUCUUUGCAGUCAAAGAUAUGAAAACUGGAAACAGAAGUUUGGACCUCUUGGACUAAACUGCAAGGAGUUAACUGGAGACACAGAGAUUGAUGACAUUUUUGAAAUUCAGGAUGCUCAUCUAAUUUUUACAACUCCAGAAAAAUGGGACAGCAUGACAAGGAGGUGGAAGGAUAACUGUUUAUUGCCAUCUGUUCGUCUCUUCCUCAUUGAUGAGGUACAUGUGGUGAAAGACAAAACCCGUGGAGCCACUCUUGAGGUUGUGGUCAGCAGAAUGAAAACCAUGCACUCCUAUCACCUGGCUGUAAAUUCAGAAUCAAAAGCAUCUGUGAGAUUUGUGGCUGUCUCAGCUACCAUCCCAAACAUCCGUGACCUAUCUGAAUGGCUUUCGGAUGAGUCAGGGCCUGCCACUUGUCUGGAGAUGGAUGAUAGUCACAGGCCAGUGAAACUGAGGAAAGUGGUGCUUGGGUUCCCCUGCGGAAGUAAUCAGAAUGAAUUUAAGUUUGAUCUUUCUCUCAACUACAAAAUUUCCAACAUUAUUCAGACCUACUCUGAUCAAAAACCAACCCUUGUGUUUUGCUCCACAAGAAAAGGAGUUCAACAGUCUGCUGCUGUGCUUGCCAAGGAUGCCAGGUUCAUUAUGAGUAUUGACCACAAACAAAGACUGAUGAAAUAUGCAAACUCUCUGCUUGAUGCCAAACUCAGAGAUCUGUUUAUUUGUGGGAUUGGAUAUCAUCAUGCUGGCAUGGAUGUUUCAGACAGGAAAUUGAUUGAAGAAGCAUUUACAGUGGGUGACUUGCCAGUGUUAUUCACAACCAGCACCCUAGCCAUGGGUGUGAAUUUGCCAGCCCACCUUGUGAUAAUCAAAUCCACAUUGCACUAUGUUGGUGGUGCAUGUGAAGAGUACAGUGAAGCUGACCUGCUACAGAUGAUUGGGAGAGCUGGCAGACCACAGUUUGAUACGACAGCGACUGCAGUGAUCAUGACCCGGGCUCAGACAAAGGACAAAUACACACAUUUCUUAAGUGGCGUAGACAGCAUAGAGAGCAGCUUGCAUACAAACUUGGUGGAGCACUUGAAUGCAGAGAUAGUUCUCCACACCAUAUCUGAUGUGAACAUGGCUCUAGACUGGAUCCGCUCCACCUUCCUGUACAUCCGUGCUCUGAAAAACCCCAACCACUACGGUUUUCCACCUGAGCUUGACAAAUGUGGAAUUGAGACUAAAUUACAAGAACUGUGCUUGAAGAACCUCAACUCUUUGGCCUCUUUUAACCUGAUUACCAUGGAUGAAGACAUUAACAUCAAGCCCACAGAGACUGGAAAACUCAUGGCCAGGUACUGUGUUGCCUUUGACACUGUGAGGCAGUUCAGUCUGGUGACUGGAACAGAGACAUUACCCGAGUUGAUUGAAAUGAUAUCAAAGGGUAAGGAAUUUAGUGAUGUGCAAUUGAGAGUAAAUGAGAAGAAAACCUUGAACAUGCUGAACAAGGAUAAGAACAGAACCACCAUCAGGUUUCCUAUGGAAGGAAAGAUCAAAAGUAAUGACAUGAAAGUGAAUUGUCUGAUUCAAGCUCAGCUUGGCUGCAUCCCCAUUCAGGAGUUUGGACUCAUACAGGACACUGGAAAAAUAUUCAGAAAUGGAAAUCGAGUCAGCAGAUAUCUGACCGAGUUUCUCAGUCAUCACUCCAAAUCAAAUUUUUCUGCUCAACUCAACUCUUUAAUUCUUGCCAAAUGUUUUCGAGCUAAACUGUGGGAGAACUCGCCUUACAUCUCCAGACAGCUUGAGAGGAUAGGAUUAACACUCGCUACUGCUAUGGUGAAUGCAGGGCUUACAACAUUCAGCAAAAUUGAGCAGAAGAGUCCCAGAGAACUAGAGCUAAUUCUGAACCGACACCCUCCAUUUGGGAACCAGAUUAAGGAAGCUGUCAGCAAACUUCCAAAAUAUGAAGUUAGUUUGGAACAGAUUCCUCGUUACAGUCUGUCCACAGCUGAGAUUGUGGUCACAGUGAACUUGCAAAAUUUCAAGGAGUUGGCAUCGAAACGGACAGGACCAGACCACCAUUAUGUUACUCUCAUUAUUGGGGACUGUGACAAUAAUGUAGUUUUCCAGCAGAAAAUAAUGGACACAUUGCUCUUGAGGUCUGGGAGCUGGUCAAAGAGAAUCGAGGUGACAAGAGCACCUAAGGGAGAGGAGCUCCGCAUUCAUUUGAUCAGCUCUGAAUAUGUGGGUCUGGACGUACAGCAGGAGUACAGUGCCUAUUACUCAGGCGCAAAGAUGUUUGGAGCGGAGUCCUGCAUCAGUGAGAGACCUACAUGGAGAGUGCAGAGGAUUCUCGACACAGCGAAGAGACAAGGCCCCAUGUCAACAACUCCCUCUUCUUCAAACACAGACAUUCUCUUCAUGGAUCAAGUUGCUCCAAACACAGUUAAGAGACAGUGCAAUCAUCUCUGCAAAAACAAGGAGCUCUGUGGACACGAGUGCUGCAAAGUUGGAGUCACGAAAAGGGCUCAGUCUAGUGUCACCUCAUACCUUAACAACCUAAAAAUGAGGAAUGAGAGACUUUGUGCGACUCCUGUGAAACGUUUGAAGAUGAUGAUGAAUAAGGGGACAGAAGCUGUAAGCAUGCAGCAGUUCUCAUACAAACCCAAAGACACACUGCCUGCUGCCAAGAACUUUCAGGGAAGUCAGUGUUACACUCAAAGUACAUAUGAAAUCAAAGAGUUAGAUUGUGUCACUCCACGAGAGAAUUCGUCGUUUGAGUCAUACCAUGAUGGUUUCAAUGACGAGCUGGGAGACUUUUAUUCUGAAAUUGGAGACCCAGCAUUAGAACAUCCUCAACCUUCUGCUUUACCUCAAAGGGUUUCGAUACACAGUCAGCAUGAGCCACGCAACAAUAGACCGAUGCACAGAGUCAGUCCUAAAGAAGCCAGUGUUUAUUCUACCCAUGCAAACCCAGACCACAGUACUGACAUUGAUGGCCGCUGGUCUGGUUCCCUGGAUGUGACCUUUGACCUGGGAUUGAACGAUUGGGAUGAUUUUGAUGAUGGUAACCUUGUUGAUGCUAGUGAGGUGUGCUGUGAAUCCCAAAUAUGUAACCUGAUGACAGACCAUGAUCAACCUACAAAUUCUGCCUCACAAUGUCCAGGCCAAACCCUGCAAGUCUUGCAACAAAGGAUUCAACCAAUGGCUGUUACACCUCAGACUGCAGUGUGCUUAAAAGGAGUUAGUAUGAACUCCCUCUCAAACCAGAGUCAAGCCAAAACACCUUCAGUCCAAAGAAGAUUUGAUUUCUUUUCAAGGACAGAUGCAGCUCUGAAGGAGAACACUCCUAUUAGCAGGGAUCACACAGAGGAAAUCAGCAAUGAGACCAGUGUUUUUCUCGGUAUGUUUGAUGGCCUUUUUUAAAGUUGUUGUAAAGGACUCCUGACAUAUUUAGCACUACGUUGUAAAGAAUCCAAGUUCCUCUGCCAUUUGUUGAUUUUCUGUUGUAAAGAUGUUCUUGGUUUAACGGCACUCACUGCAUGGAUAAUUUGCAGCAAACAAGUCAAAUGUGAAAUAGAAUGACAAAAAGUUAUUUUCUUUUGCAUUGCAGCGAUAUAUAUUGGAAAAAAGCUUUCUAUCGAUUUUAAAAAGAUAACUAUAUUUUGAUGUUCAAUAUUUUAAGUCUUAAAUGUAUUAAAUUCUUCAUUUUACUAAAAAUAUUAUAAGAUUGCUCUCACACAUGAAAUCACAUGAAAUAUAAAUGGAUUGUCAAAGGAAUGAAUGAGAAAAAUGUUUGUGUCUGUUUUUUAUUCUAUUAAUGCACUGUUGACUUUUAGCAGUUGGGUUAGUUGAUCGUUUUUAAUUAGCUAUAUAUAAAACAAUAAAAGUCUACUUUAAGAUUA